GACUGUCAUAUGUUUCAAGUGAAUGAAGAGACCGAAAGAAACCCGAUCAUAUUUAUUCCCAUUUGCUUUAUUUACCGGUUGGAAAAUGAUUUUGUUUUGUCCAACGUGUGGAAAUGUGUUGAUCGUUGAAGAGGGUCAAAGAUGCUACAGAUUCGCGUGUAAUACUUGUCGGUGAAUAAUAGAAAGUAUCCCAAACUGAAAGAGGUCGAUGAUGUUCUCGGAGGCUCUGCCGCAUGGGAAAACGUAGAUUCAACAGCAGAACCUUGUCCAAAAUGUGGUCAUCCGAGGGCUUAUUUCAUGCAGAUACAAACCAGAUCUGCGGAUGAACCAAUGACAACUUUCUACAAGUGCUGUAGUCCACAAUGUGGGCAUAGGUGGAGGGACUAAUUCCGAUUAUACAUCCAAUACGAUGCACUCUGUUUCCAUAUAUUGUAAUAUAGGUUGGGACCCUUAAAAUAACAAUUAUCUUUUCACAUGAUUUUGCCAUUUGUUUCCUAAAACAGAUCAGUUUUGUGGUCACUCUAUUGUUUACAGACUGUUUGCUCUGACCCACUGAGGAUUUUGUGGGUGUGUGUAAAUAAAAAGAAAAC